AUGCCUCCCAAGAAGGGCAAGGAGCCUCAGCCUAAAAAGGCGACCAAGACGGUCGAGGAUCGAACUUUUGGUAUGAAGAAUAAAAAGGGUGGUGCUGCUCAGAGAGAAAUUGGACGUAUGCAGGCAAACCUCAAGAAUGCUGGCACGAUCGAGGAGAAGAAGAAGCAGGCCGAGAAGGCGGCUCGUGAGCGUGAGAAGAAGGCGGCCGAGGACGCCAAGAGAGAUAUGGAGGCAAUGAUGAAUAGACCGGCCCAGAUCCAGAAAGUGCCUUUUGGAGUCGACCCCAAGACGGUUGUGUGUAUUUUCUACAAGAAAGGCAAUUGUGAGAAGGGCAAGAAGUGCAAGUUCUCGCACGAUCUUUCUGUCGAGCGCAAGACAGAGAAGAAGAACCUGUACACCGAUGGACGAGCAGAAGAAGAAGAGAAGAAGAAGGUCGAGACAUCAGCAGACUGGGACGAAGACAAGCUCCGAAGUGUCGUCUUAUCAAAGAAGGGCAACCAGCAAACCACUACCGACAAAGUAUGCAAAUACUUUAUCGAGGCCAUUGAGGAUGGCAAGUAUGGUUGGUUCUGGAUUUGCCCCAAUGGAGGAGACAAGUGCAAGUACAAGCACGCUCUUCCACCUGGAUUUGUUCUCAAGACCAAGGAACAGAGAGCAGCAGAGAAGGCACUUAUGGACAAGUCACCGCUUAAGACUCUGACGCUUGAGGACUUCCUGGAGUCAGAACGACACAAAUUGACAGGAACUCUCACACCUGUGACGCCAGAGUCUUUCGCUAAAUGGAAGAAGGAUCGCAUGGACAAGAAGGCCGCCGAGGAGCAAGCCCGAAAGGCCAAGGAGAACACCGGCCGUGCUUUGUUCGAGAGCGGAAAAUGGGGUGAUGACGAGUCCGAAGACGAAGAUGAUGAUGAUGUCUGGAACUUGCAGAAGCUUCGUGAGGAGACAGAGGGUAUCCGUUCAAAGAAGGAGGAGGAACGCCUGGCAGCAAGCCACGAUACUCCUGACAACGGUACCACGGGCGAAGCGACACCGGCAGAAAAUACCCCAGCCGAGGCGGCUUCCGGCUCUUGA